AGUAUUUUCAUUUCAUCAAGAAAGCUGGCGGGUGUGCAAAGCAAUGUGUUAAUUAUAAAAACUAUUGUGUUUUAUUAAUUUUUCAGAACAAAUAUUUGUGUUAAUAAGUUGUUAGAAUAGCUAAUGAAAUAGAUAAGGAGGGUGGGCGCGACGAAUAGCUAAAGGGAAUAUCGAACAAUGGACGACGAUCAACAGUUCUGUUUGCGAUGGAACAAUCACCAAUCUACGUUGGUGUCAGUUUUCGACACUCUACUCGAGAAGGGAAUUCACGUUGACUGUACUCUGGCUGCCGAAGGACAAACUCUAAAGGCGCAUAAAGUUGUUUUGUCCGCUUGCAGUCCCUAUUUUGAGAAUGUAUUGUCACAGCAAUUCGACAAGCAUCCAAUAAUUAUCUUAAAAGAUGUGAAGUAUGCUGAAUUAAGAGCUAUGAUGGACUAUAUGUACCGAGGAGAAGUGAACAUAUCCCAAGAUCAGUUAGCUGCUUUACUAAAGGCAGCAGAAUCUCUUCAGAUCAAGGGUCUAUCUGAUAACAAGCCCUCAAGGCCUCCGUCGCGCCCUUCCCAUGUUACACUCCCCCCUGCACACCCGCCCAGAGCGCCAUCACCCCCACCACAGUCAACAGAACUAGAUUUCAAGCAUUAUCAUGACCAGCAGGUUCGUGAUGGCAGCAUCGACAGCCGCGAAGGUUCAAUGAGCCCGACCAGGCGCCGCAAGAAAGUUAGACGUCUCUCCAACGAACAAGUGACUCCCGUUGCCCCACUGGUCCCAGAACAUGAAGAAAUGCCGUGCAAGGAAGAAGUCUCUAGGGAUGGAGUGGAGGACUUGACCCUCGAUGAGGAUGCUGGAGAUCCGCCUGCUCAACAUAACGACGUCGUACGGAAUUUUCAAUGGCACAUGGAACGAUCUCAAGAUGAAAUAAUGAAUUCAAAUGACAGUGUUCGAGACUCGCAAGGUGGUGUCGCGUCGGAGGAGUCGUACCCGCGCCUCGGUGGCUUGUCGUGGGAGCACUGGUCGGCGCGCCUGGCUCUACCGCUCGUGGCCGGCAUGAGCGUGGGCGCUCGGUCCUCGCCCGCGUCGCCCGGCGACUCCAGCUUCACUUGCCCCGACUGCGGACGCGUCUACAAGCUCAAAUCUUCGCUGCGGAACCACCAGAAGUGGGAGUGCGGCAAGGAGCCCCAGUUCCAGUGCCCCUAUUGCGUGUACCGGGCCAAGCAAAAGAUGCACAUAGCCCGCCACAUGGAGAGGAUGCAUCGCGAAGUCACUAUUAAGCCGGAACAGUACAUGAAGCAGGACAACGUCGACGCCUGCACAUAAAUCGAGACAACUCUCAAUACUCAUUAUGUUCAUUUCAAAUGCCAGGUUUCCCGAUUUUGCCCGAUUGUGAUAAAUGUGAUGUAGUUCCUUUUGUGAUAGUGGCGAUCGGUCACGUUAGAUUUAAUCUCUUACAGCUGACUGUGCAUGCGCCACCUGAAUCUUUUUAGUAGUCGACUUGAGUCAAGUUCUAGUUCCGAAGAUUGUAAAGUUCCAAAGUAGGAUCGUCGUAAUCAUACAUUUAUUGAGAACAUUGUUAGACCGGCUCGCCCACUACCGAGUCCAUGCACAGUCUGCCCGAAGACGGUACCUUGAAUUUAUUUUGAUACGAAUUUUAUUAGUAUUUGCAUCGAUCAAAGUCGUAACCGUAUCGGCAACUCGUGCAUUUAUCCAGUUUGAAGGAAACUGAUUUCAUAUAACGUAUAGAAGCACUUUUUGUGUAAACAAUCAUUCCUAUUCGAAUGUCGCGUAGCUUUGUUAGGUCGAGAGAAAAUACUUUAAAUGUUGUUACCAUUUCAGUUACUGCAACUAAACCUUUAGCGUCGGUCGAAACGUCGACGAGUUUUGACUAGUGAAUGUUUAUGAUUAAUUUUAUUUUUUAGAAACUAUUGAUGCUAUUUUCGCUUUUAAGCAGUUUAGGUGUUUGCCAUAAUGCGUUCCAUUAUUUUUGUAAUACUCAUAAGUUUAAAUAUUUUGAUUCGAUUAUUUUAGAUCUCUUUACACGUAAUGCAUUUAUUUUUUACUACGCGGUUAAGUCGUAUUAAUUGUAAGUUCCUGCAGACGAAUGUUAAUUUGUUGUUAUUGGGGCCAAUCGUAUUUGUUAGUGUAAGGAUUGACCGGAACGAGUGCCUUAUUGUUGAAUCAAGAGUGUCUCUGUGUCUAUGAACCGAGCACAAAAAUGAAUUUUCGGAUGUUGAAAUCUUCCACGUAGUGUUUAAGUAUUUUAUAUUUACCAUUUAGCGUUUAUGAGUGAUGUGGGGUACAUAUUAGUAAAGUUAUUCUGUUGGCUUUGCAAGAAUGCGAAACGAUGGAAUAACCGUACCGAUAUGGGGCCACGUAGGAACCGUUCGCAGUUACCAUCGUACAAUCAAUGUGUAGAGCUCACUAAGUACAAGAGUCAUUUACCGAUACAUAAGUGCCUUCUAAAAUUAGUCAUUAGGAUUUAAAAUGUGUUUUAAGUGAACAAGUAUAUACUCCCAACUCAGACGUGCGCCUCGAUUGUGAUGUUCCAAUCGUGGGAUAGAAUAACGAGAAACGAGUACAAGAUAGCUGUGAUAGGGCGAGGCUCUGGGCGCGAGUGCGGAUGACGACGGGCGACCCAAGUGAUUUCAGAACUGACCUAGUUUCACAAUGCUUAGGGUAUUUACUAUAUCUGACAAUAAGACAGUGAUUAAUUGCAUUUGAUUGUAUUUUUAUAACCUUUUUGUAUUUUAAUAAAGUUGCUAUUCUUGAUAAA